AUGCCGUCUUCAGCCCCCCUUCGCGAAAAGAAAAAGGAACCCCCAAUCAGUUACGACAUCAACAUCCCCUACGUGGAUGUAGAGAAACAAUCCAAAAUCAACACCAAAUACCCCCAAUACCUACCCAGCUGGGAUCCAAUCUUCUUUGACCCCCUAACACCAUUCGAAUACAACGACCCAGCCCUGCGCGCAAACAAGAACAAGCGCAACCUCCUCAAUGAAGCCUCCAAAAUAACUCACAUCCAACCAAACAUCGGCUCAGUCAUUGAAGGCGUCCAACUCUCCUCCCUGACUAGCGCCGGAAGAGACGAACUCGCCCUCCUCAUCGCCGAGCGUAAAGUCGUCGCCUUCCCAGAGCAGGAUCUCAUCGAUGCCGGCCCAGACGCUCAAGAGGAAUUCAUGCGCCAUUUUGGUAAACCGAAUUACCAGCCUGUUUCUGGUUCUAUGACUGAUCACCCUGCUUUCCAUAUUAUUCACCGUGAUGGCAAUCGCGAGGAGAUUUCCCGCUUCCUUGAGCAGAGGACUACUACGACUCUCUGGCAUCAGGAUGUCAGUUAUGAAAUUCAGCCUCCCGGCUAUGUCAUGUUGGGUCUUCUGCAAGGUCCUGAGGUUGGUGGGGAUACUGUCUUUGCUGCGACGGAUAUGGCGUAUAAGCGGCUUUCGCCUACGUUCACCAGUUUCUUGGAUUCGUUGAAGGUUACGCAUACUUCUAGCAAGAUGAUUAAUCAUACGCGUCUUGCUGGUGGUCUUGUUCGGAAGGAUGCUGUUGAUACUGUCCAUCCGCUUGUGCGGGUUCAUCCAGUUACUGGGGAGAAGUGUUUGUUUUUGAAUGGGGAGUUUAUUACGAGGAUUCAGGGGCUGAAGGAUUCCGAGAUGAAGUGGCUGUUGGAUUUCCUCAUGAAUCAUUUGGUGACUGGGCAUGAUUUCCAGGCUAGGGUGAGGUGGCAGCCCAGGACUAUUGUUAUGUUUGACAAUCGGUCGACUAUUCACUCCGCUAUUGUUGACUACUUGGACGAUGACUAUGGUGCCAAAGCUCGUCAUAUUUUCCGUCUCAUUGCGCUCGCUGAGAAGCCAAUCCCCGUUUACGAGGAUUUCUCUGAAUAG